AUGGAAACAUAAACACUCUUACAUUAAUUAGUGAAAUAAGCAUUUCCAGAUUCGAUCGAGGAGUGCACAUUAAAUAACUAUAAAUCCUAUUUUUUGAGAAUUCUGAAUGUGCGUACAGGUAAUACAUUGAUGGAUGAAUCUGAACUCCAAGCAGAGAUGACUAAAAUGACUAAUAAAUCAUAAGCAUAUAGAUUGCAAGAUUGUUUGAAUCGAUUGAGCAAAACGAGAUUAAGGAAGAAAAAUGAAUUAAUUCAUUUCCUUUUUCGUACUAGUUAACUUGGCUAAAAUAAUAGUUAUACAAAUUAGACUUUAGAUACUUUGUUUAAAUCAUAGGAGAUCUCUUAAAUAAAUUAUUCACAAACCAUACCUAAGAAAAUCAUAGAUGAGAGUCCUAAAAAUAAUGAUUAAUUGAUGAUUAUCCAAUAAGUUACUGAUAAAGGAAAUGUGGCACUAUCUAUCACAGAAAAAGAUUUAGUUAAGGAUCUAAUAUUUAGCAUUUAAGGCAUAGAGAGUCAAUAUAUUUGUUAUGAUCCAAUAAAUGAUUCAUUUUAAGUGAAAAAGGAUAUCGCCAUUAGUUCUGCAAGUAGGAAAUUACUAAAUGUAAUGUGUGAGUGUGGUUGGCUAUUCAAGAGAAUACUAACAUUCACUUAAACUAAUUAUAAGAGUUUGGUUUUGUAAGCAUUAUAGAAUUCCAUUAAAGAAGAAUUAAAUGAAUACUACAGAUUGAUUGCGUAUUUUGAAAAUCUUCUAGCAGAGUCUACCUUAACUCUAAGGAAAAUGUACAUGUGGUUGAAAUAGCCAAUGCAUCAUUUGGUAUAAAUCAAUUUAGUGUUAUCAUAAAUUUUGACGAAUGUCUAAUUGGGAACCACUUCUUCUUUAGUGAUUUCUAUACUCUGCAGAUAUUCUAAGCAUGGUUGCCCAUAAACAUCCUAAUUGUUUUCUAGAAUAUUGCAUCAAACUACAAUACCAAUUGUUAGAUUCAUAAACCAAUGGAUUUUUGAUGGGUCUCUAAGUGAUUAAGCAUAGGAAUUCUUUAUAGAAAGUAAUGAUUCUAAUAAGAUAUAAAUAAGAGACAGCGGAGAGUUGUGGAAGAAUGAAUUCAAAGUUAAUUAAGAUAAAAUACCUUACAUGAUUUCUUUGGAGGAUUCCUAUAAAAUAUUUGAUACAGGUAGAGUCAUUAAUUGGCUUAGGAAAUAGUGUAAAUUUACGCAAUUCAAUUAAAAUUAUGAAUUGAUAACUAUCGACCUUCUAGGAACAGAAUAGUUUUCUCUUUUUGUUGACUAAGUCAAUAAGGAAUACAACAAAUAGUUGAUUUAAUUGAUUAAACCAAACUUUAAAAUAACACUAAAUGCAAUUAAGCGAUUCUUAUUGUUGGGUUAAGGAGAAUUCAUACAUACAUUGAUGGAAUUGUUGUAAACAGAAUUAAAUAAACCAGCUCAAUAAUGUUAUAGACAUACUUUAUUGAGUAUUUUGGAAUCGGCAUUCAAAAAUAUUUCUUAGGAGGUCAGACUAAAUGUGAAACUUCUAGAGCCAUCUUAAAAUGAUACUGGUUGGGAGAUAUUCUGUUUGGAUUAUUCAAUUGAUGAACCUUUGAAUACAAUUUUCAAUCAGAAGAUUAUGUUGUCGUAUUAUAGGAUUUUCAAUUUUUUAUGGAGAAUCAAAAGAGUUGAAUUUACAUUGACUUAAUGUUGGAAAAUGCAUUAGAAAUUUAUGGCAAUUCCUAAUUAAUUCCAAGUAAUCAAAAAGGCAAUUUAAUUGAGUUACUAAAUGAUGAAUGAGAUGCAACACUUUAUUAAAAAUUUCUAUAGUUAUCUAAUGUUAGAAGCAAUAGAAAGUUCUUGGAAAAAGUUCAUAGAUGAAUAAGAUAAAAUUUAGGAUUUGGAUAAUUUAAUAAAAACACAUGAAUUAUUCAUAUCUGAUAUCUUGGAUAGAUCGUUCUUAAAUACCAAAGGAGAAUUCACAUAAAAGUUAUUAUUCAAAAUAUUUGAUUACAUCUUCAGAUUUAAAAGUUGCCAAGAGUUGCUCUUAAGCUAUGCUAAGGAUUAAAUCUCAUAAACUGAUAAUUAACAACUGUAAUUGAAGAAUUUAGUGAACAAACAGCAGAAUUAAGGAAGAUCAAUUCAAAAUAAAAAUUAAGACAUCAUAAAAUCUUUAUUAGAAUUGAGGAAACAAUAUAGAGAUUAAAUGUUUGAAUUACUAGAAAAACUUAAGAAAGAAGAUAGGUUGAAGUUCCUUCAUUUCAAAUUAGAUUUCAAUGAGUAUUAUUUGGGAAUCUAGGAAUCCAAACUCUUUAAUUAUGAUUUAGAUCGGUUUCUAGAGAAGUGUCUACCAAAGGUUAACGAAGUUUCCAUACCGCCUAAUCGAGUUCCAAGUAGUAAACAAUUAUUGACCCAGCCUUAAUAACCUUAACAAAGAACAUUCAAUACAAAUAUUGAAUUUUAGAAUGAAGUGAGGUCAGUUAAAGAAGGAUUGAAAUAACUAGAAGAAUAAAGAAGAUAAUAAUUAUAAUUAAAAGAUUAACUUAGUAAGUCUCCUUUGCAAAAGUCUCCAUUAGUACAGAUUCCACCAAAAAUGACGGAACAUGAAAAAAGAAAGAAUGAUGAAGAUCUAAGUUCAAGUGAUGACGACUGA